AUGAUCAAAACAGCUUUGUACGUAUUACUCAACUUGUUUGUUCUAGCAUCAGAAGAGAAAAAGGAAAGCGAGCCCGGUAAAGUAGAACCAUCUGAAGAACCAAGUACAUCAGAAAAACUGCAGCAGUUCCAGAACCAAAAGAAGCAGCACCACCACUACCAAGACGGUCACAAAGAAAAAAGAAAGGUAAUCCACCACAGAAGGAGCAACCUAACCAAUAAACUAUUGUAA